UUGACUCGAGUCCUCCUUCACAUUAAUCCCGCCAAUGCACAGAAAAGGGGUUUAAGCAAAACCUCUACACCAAAUCGAUCUUCAUCCCGUCUUCUUACAAAUUUCCACCUCAUUCUCCCCAAAUCUAAAUCCCUAAUUCUCAUCUUCUCGGAUUAUUUCACUACUACUACCUCUUCUUCUUCUCAAAUUAUCAGUUUCUAGCAAAACCCUAGAAAAAAGUAAACCCUAAAAAGAUGAGUUACGCGGCAUUCAAGAUGAUGCAUUGGCCAACAGGAAUCGAGAACUGUGCAUCUGGAUUCAUCACACAUUCUGGUUUUGAUUCAGCAGUACCACAAAUUCCUUUGAUUCAGAGUUAUGAUCUUGAACCAGUAGUGCAAGAGCGGAAAGGUGGAAUCGGUCCUAUACCUAACUUAGUUGUAACUUCUGCUAAUAUUCUCGAGGUGUAUAUUGUUCGAGUACAUGAAGAAGAUGAUAGUAAAGGAACAAAGUCUUCUUCUCAGUUGGAACCGAAACGUGGUGGUUUCAUGGCUGGAUUAUCUGGUGCUUCGCUUGAGCUCGUUUGUCAUUACAAGCUGCAAGGUAAUGUGGAAACAAUGGCAGUUUUAUCCAGGGGAGGUGAUAAAUCCAAGAGAAGAGAUUCAAUAAUCUUAGCAUUCGCAGAUGCAAAAAUCUCCGUGUUGGAAUUUGACGAUUCAAUUGAUGGACUUCGGACGAGUUCUAUGCACUGCUUCGAGGGUCCCGAGUGGCAGUACUUGAGAAGAGGUCGAGAAUCAUUUGCUAGAGGUCCAUUAGUAAAGGUGGAUCCUCAGGGUCGCUGCAGUGGGGUUCUUGCGUUUGGACUAGAGAUGAUUAUACUUAAAGCUGCACAGGCUGGUUCUGGUUUAGGUGGAGACGAUGAUGUGAGCGGUUCUGGAGGUACAAAGUGUGCUCGUAUAGAGUCAUCAUAUGUGAUAAGCUUGCGCGAGUUGGACAUGAAGCACGUGAAAGAUUUCGUAUUUCUACAUGGAUAUAUUGAGCCAACGAUGGUCAUCCUUCACGAAAGAGAGCUUACUUGGGCAGGACGUGUCUCCUGGAAGCAUCACACAUGCAUGAUUUGUGCUCUUAGUAUUAAUACUACUUCAAAGCAACAUCCCCUCAUAUGGUCCGCUAUUAAUCUUCCGCACGAUGCGUACAAACUUCUUGCAGUGCCUUCUAAAAUGGGUGGAGUUCUUGUAAUUAGUGCAAAUGCUAUACAUUAUCACAGUCAAUUGACGUCUUGUGCCCUUGCCUUGAACCAUUUCGCCGUUCCUGCUGAUAUGAGUCAAGAAUUGCCUCGAUCAAGUUUUAGUGUCGAGCUUGAUGCAGCCAAUGCGACAUGGUUAUUGCCCGAUGUGGCCAUGCUUUCGACCAAAACAGGAGAACUACUAUUGCUCACGUUGGUUUCCGAUGGACGGGUUGUGCAAAGGCUGGAACUUUCAAAGUUUAGAGCUUCAGUUUUGACUUCGGGUAUUGCUACAAUUGGCAGCUCGUUCUUUUUCCUAGGUAGUCGUUUGGGAGAUAGUAUGCUUGUCCAAUAUACGUCUGGAGUGGGAACUGCCGCUUCAACUUCUGGUCAUGUGAAGGAAGAGGUUGGAGAUAUCGAAGGGGAUGCUCCGUCAGCAAAGCGAUUGCGCCUUGCAUCCUCUGAAACCUUGCAGGAUAUUGCAAGUGGUGAGGAGCUAUCGUUAUUUAGUUCAGCUCCAAAUAUGUCUGAACUACCACAGAAGAGCUUCUCAUUUGCCGUGAGGGAUUCAUUGAUUAAUGUUGGUCCUUUGAAGGAUUUCGCAUAUGGUUUGCGGAUCAAUGCUGACCCAAAUGCAGUAGGGAUUUCAAAACAGAGCAACUAUGAACUGGUUUGCUGUUCUGGUCAUGGGAAGAAUGGUUCUCUUUGUGUCCUUCAACAGACAGUUCGCCCUGAGCUGAUUACUGAGGUUGAGCUGCCUGGUUGUAAAGGGAUUUGGACAGUGUACCACAAAAGUACACGUGGUCAUAAUGCGGAUUCUUCUAACGCAUCAUCCGCGGAUGAUGAGUAUCAUGCAUAUUUGAUAAUAAGUCUCCAGUCAAAAACAAUGGUUCUUGAGACAGCUGAUACCCUGGGCGAGGUCACAGAAAGUGUUGGUUACUAUAUUAAAGGAAGUACUAUCGCUGCAGGGAAUUUGUUUGGAAGGCGACGUGUUAUUCAGGUCUAUGCUCGUGGAGCUCGCAUUCUUGAUGGAUCUUACAUGACUCAAGAGUUAAGCCUAGGAACUCCUCCUCCUGAAUCAACACCAGCUUCUGAGAGUUCAGCUGUGCUGUCUGUUACUAUAGCUGAUCCGUACGUGUUGUUAAGAAUGACUGAUGGCAGUAUCCAGCUUCUUGUUGGGGAUCCAUCCUCAUGUACUGUGUCAGUUAGUGCGCCUUCAUUAUUUGACAGCUCUAAGAAGUGGAUAUCUGCGUGUACACUUUACCAUGAUAAGGGGCCUGAGCCAUGGCUCCGUAAGACAAGCACGGAUGCUUGGCUUUCAACAGGAGUGGGUGAGGCCAUCGAUGGCACUGAUGGCGCAAUGCAUGACCAGGGUGAUAUUUAUUGCGUGGUUUGUUACGAAAGUGGUACCCUUGAAAUAUUUGAUGUUCCUACUUUUAACUGUGUUUUUUCUGUGGAUAAAUUCAUCUCUGGAAAAUCCCACCUAGUUGAUACCUUUACUGGGGUGAUGUCUAACGAUCCCCAGAAAAACAAAAAUAAAAACUCAGAAGACAUAAAAGUGAUGAAAGAAGAUGCUCAGAACAUGAAGGUUGUGGAGUUAGCCAUGCAGAAGUGGUCGGGUCAGCAUACCCGCCCAUUUCUUUUUGGAAUGUUAACUGAUGGCACAAUGCUCUGCUACCAUGCUUACCUGUACGAAGGGCAAGACAACACGCCUAAGAUUGAAGAAGCAGUGUCAUCAGAAAGUUCUGUUAACCUUAGCAGUAACAGUACAUCCAGACUGAGGAAUUUGAGAUUUGCUCGUGUUCCACUGGAAACUUAUACAAGGCAAGAGUCCUCUUCUACGGGCCCAAGCCAAAGGAUGACCAUGUUUAAGAAUGUUGGGGGUUAUCAGGGUUUAUUUCUUUCUGGGUCAAGACCAGCUUGGUUUAUGGUCUGCAGGGAACGGCUUCGAAUCCACCCACAACUUUGUGACGGAUCUGUCGUGGCAUUUACUGUUCUUCACAAUGUAAAUUGCAAUCAUGGUCUCAUAUAUGUCACAUCCCAGGGUUUUCUCAAAAUUUGCCAACUGCCAUCUAUAUUGAGCUACGAUAACUAUUGGCCUGUCCAAAAGAUUCCUCUAAGGGGCACUCCACAUCAAGUUACCUAUUUUUCAGAGAAGAAUUUGUAUCCGCUUAUAGUUUCUAUUCCUGUUGCCAAGCCAUUGAAUCAAGUCCUUUCGUCUCUGGUUGAUCUAGAUGCCAGUAAUCAAACCGAGCAUGAUAAUAUAGGCCCUGACGAGCUUCAGAAAAGCUACACAAUAGAAGAGUUCGAGGUUCGGAUUUUAGAACCAGAGAAGUCUGGUGGUCCGUGGCAAACAAGAGCUACAAUCCCGAUGCAAAAUUCUGAAAAUGCACUAACUGUUCGAAUGGUUACCUUAUUUAAUACCACAACAAAAGAAAAUGAAACGCUUAUGGCUGUCGGGACAGCAUAUGUGCAAGGAGAGGAUGUAGCUGCAAGAGGACGAAUUCUUUUGUAUUCUAUUGGACAUAAUGCUGAGAAUUCUCAAAUUUUGGUAUCGGUCACGGAGGUCUACUCGAAGGAAUUGAAAGGGGCUAUAUCUGCUUUGGCAUCACUGCAGGGUCAUCUAUUGCUUGCGUCUGGUCCAAAGGUCAUCUUACACAAGUGGACUGGUACCGAGUUGAAUGGUGUUGCAUUUCAUGAUACCCCUCCUCUGCAUGUUGUAAGCUUGAAUAUAGUUAAAAACUUUAUCCUAAUAGGAGAUAUUCACAAAAGCAUAUACUUUCUAAGCUGGAAGGAGCAAGGGGCUCAAUUGAACUUGCUAGCCAAGGAUUUUGGCACACUCGAUUGUUUCAGCACUGAGUUUUUGAUUGAUGGAUCUACUCUAAGUCUCGUGGUAACAGAUGAGCAGAAAAACAUCCAGAUCUUUUAUUAUGCACCAAAGAUGUCUGAGAGUUGGAAAGGGCAGAAGCUGCUAUCUAGAGCUGAGUUUCAUAUAGGUGCCCACGUGACAAAGUUCUUGAGGUUGCAGAUGCUUCCUGCUUCUGAUCGAACUGGUGCUACUACAGGCUCGGGAAGGUUUGCCCUAUUAUUUGGUACCCUUGAUGGAAGUAUAGGUUGUGUUGCACCCCUUGAUGAGCUCAACUUCCGCCGGCUACAGACCCUACAGAGAAGGCUUGUUGAUGCAGUUCCUCAUAUGGGUGGCCUGAACCCUAAAGCUUUUCGACAGUUCCACUCAAAAGGGAGAGCCCAUAAGCCUGGCCCUGACAAUAUGAUAGACUGCGAGCUGCUCAGCCAUUACGAGAUGCUAGCAUUGGAGGACCAAUUGGAGAUAGCUCACCAGAUUGGGACUACACGUAUGCAGAUCCUGACCAACUUGAAUGACCUAUCUCUUGGAACAAGUUUCUUAUGAGGGAAAGCAAGGUUUGAUUGUUGACAGUAUCAGCUGUAACGAAUGUAAAUUUUACCCCCUGUAAUACCCACUUUUGGCUUUGUCAGAGCUAAGCUGUAUAUGAACGUAAGAAGUCCCAAGCUUUUCAAUGCAAGUAUAUUCUAUGCUUUAUCAUAUUUGGUUGAAAGAGAUCAGAUCAGAGCUCCUAACUUAACGGUGGGUUUCACUAUAGUGUAGCAUAAAGCUUUUCUAUCCUGUUAUAUCUCUUAUUCAUAAACUGGAAUGUGUAUCAUUUGUUGAAGACCAUUUAAUGAGCCUUGUUAGGUCUGUAAACUGUGGAUUCUUUUAUUCUCAUUCAUUGUCGUCAAGGUUUAUAGUUGGCAUGAGCCAGAUUAAUAAACCUCAAGAAGUAAUUUUGCCAA